AUGGGUGUCUUCGUUGGCAACAACGCUGUAACCUUCGGUCAGCUUUUCGGUGAUGCCUUCAGGCCCCAGGUUCUCGCCACUUCGCUCCAGGCUGUCACCCCCGGUGCAGGCGGAAACAACGUCAAGUGCGAGGUCAAGAACCCCAACUACCCUGGACAGACCUAUGCGCUCAACGCAUGGAACACUUUUAUCGACCUUGACGGGAACUCUAAAGCUGCUAUUCCCACCGACGUUACAUCCUUCACCAUCGAGUGCAAGGUAUAA